AUGCCAUUGCCUGCGCACACACUCGACCAUCGCGACCGCAGCUCGCACAAGUCCCGAAACAGCGAUGGUGCAGCCUCUGUCGUGUCAAAUGCCGCUCCGUCUACAACAACUGCCUACCUCAGUGGAGUGACUUUGAUUGACCGGGACGCACAGGGAGACGAAGGGAACCCAGCAGACCGGCUGCAAACUCUCAACACCCAGCUCCAAGUGGAGAACCGUAUUAAGGAAGGGGCAGAGAACCUACUUCAGAUGCCGUUGGAGGAAAAUCUGCGCUUGCAAGUGGAAGAAGAGCUGGAGAUGGCAAGGAGUAAAAUCGAUGCUAUACAGAAAAAGAUAGAGUCACACAAUACCCGAGGAGUGCGUAGAGCUGCUAAUGGCUCGGAAAGUGCAAAGCGGAAGUUCAAUGGAACACCCUUGGCUGGUCUUUCUGUCAAAACGAAAGAUGACACAGAGGAGAGAGAGGACUUCCGCACCGCUCUACAGCAAGCAAGCAGCUACAUUCGCACUUUGCAUAAGCUGUCGAGCCAGAGCGGAACAAGAUCGCCUCCGGACUCUCCGUCAUCUUCCAAUCCCACUGCACCUACAGACUCCGAAAUUAGUCGUAUGCGUAUCGAGGCCAUGAAUCAGCUGACGAACGUCUUACAGCGUAAUCUUCGUGUCCGAUACGAGAUGAACAUUCCCGAUGUCGUACAAGCAAUCACACCCGCAUUGUCAGAUCGUGCCACCAAGCACGGCCGGGCUAUGGCCUACCGACUCAUCCGGCAUAUGCUAGUCAACCCACCGUCUGUGGAGAAGCUUCAGGAGCAGUCGCUGGACUGGUACAUAGUCAAGUCCUUGGCACGCGACUCUAAGCAUGCGGUUGAGAAAGAGCAAGUAAUUAAACUUAUACGAACCAUCGUUGAAAUAGGCUCGUCGCGCCGUGGCCCCGGGGCCGCUGUUGGCUGCGGCACUGUUCCUUUGUCGGACGCGGUUAUGCGGGCACUCAUGGCAGUUGCGGAACAGCCAGACGAACCCUUUAAGCUCAUCUGCUUGCAAACAUUGACGGAAAUUUUGCUUAUCGAUGUGGCGUUAGUCGCCAGAACGGGUGGCAUUCGUCUACUUCUGCAUGCACUGUCUGAAGGCCCCAUUGAGAUGGCCCCGAUGAUCUCGUCUGCUUUCCUUUACAUUGCUGACUCUCCGAGAACAAGGGCAUUCCUCCACCCGGGAACAGACCUGGAGAUGGCUCUGUCUGGCGUGACAGACGCCUAUGGCAAGGGCACGGAGCAUGCCGAUAGGAUGAGAGCCAGUACGAAAAUCAUAGCUUCAAUGCUGCGGACAUGGAGUGGUUUGCUCUAUUUCUGUGUACACGACAAAAUUGCUUUACGCGCCGUCGUGGAUGGCCUUCGAAUACCUUCUCUCCAAACCAGGGAGAUUAUUCUCGACAUGUUCUUCGACCUCUUCAACAUCAAGCCGCCGGAAUGGCACCAGGCAUUUAUUGAUGGGCGACGCCUGACAAUGUAUCGUAGGACACGAAGAAACGUCGAGUCGAAGCCAGCUGAGGCAUCGCACAAGCAGCAGGACACACUGAAACUUACGGAGCAGUACAUCGGUCUGCUGAUCCUUGUGUUCACUAGCGCGGGGCUGAUGGACGCUUUGACGGCAAUGCUAGAGGAGACGACGCUGGAGGAGGAGCCGACGCAGACUGGAACCAAUCUGCAUCGCAAGGCUACUUUACUCAUUGCAGAGAUCCUGCAUACCGCCAAUCGCGUGCUGCCACUAUCGAUGGCGGCGAAGAUACAGGCUCUGCCGAGAGUCUUCACUCUUGCUUCAGAUUAUGAUCAAGGAAACAGUCGUGCGAUAGGCACUUCGACGUUGUCGGCCAUUGACAGUUAUAACCGUCAUCGUAUGCGCCUGCAGCCAGCGGUGGUCAAAGAUUCAUCGCGGCCGAGAGCGAACUCCGUCGAGGACGCCAUCAGACGCGGCCAGAAGCAAGUCGAGCAAGCAAAGAUCAAGCAAGGUUUGCAAAUGGACGACAAGACGUUCCAGACACUGCUACUUGACAGCCAGGUUAUGACGACAAAGGAUCAGACAAAGUGGAACUUUGAUGUCUUGCAGGACCUCAUGGAAGGGCCGUUCCUGAACCCCAAGCGCAUGGAGGAAGCGAUCAAGGUCUCGCGCUACGUACGCAAGCUCAUCUCAUUCUUUCACCCGUUCAGCCGCCGCUUCUCCGACUUGGCAAAAUCGAAGUCGAACAUAAGGUGGAUUAAGCUUGGUUGCUUGCUCAUGAACGCGUUGCUUGCGAGUUCGGAGGGGACGCGCUUCUUGCAGGAAGAUGAGCUACUCGGGCAGAUUUUGAAGAGUUUUGCACAGCUUGACCCAUCUAAUGCAUUGCAGAAUCAAGAUGCCUUAUUUUCUAAGCGGCGGAUGCUGGAGACGCUUACCUAUGGCUACUUCGAGAUGCUAGGGACGCUCAGCAAGCGCAAGGAGGGCCUAGAGCUCCUGGAGAGAUUCAAGUUCUUCACUGCCUUCUACCACCUCACAGAGCUAAGGGACAGACAAGAUCUGAUCAAAGCCAUGAUUGAACACCUCGACUACUCGAUUGACGGCCAUGCACGUAUUGUGCUCGCUAAGGCGCUGACGUCGAGCUACCGCGAGAUUCGCCUUUUUGCGACCAACCACCUUGGCGAACUGAUCCGCGGAAGUUCGCAGGCAAACGCAUGGGCUCUGCGUCUACUGCUUACGCAGCUGUACGACCCGGACAUGGUAGUGCAGGAGGUCGCUGUGCGGUACCUCGAGGAGGCAUGUGAGUCGCUAAAUGUGCUUGAGAUGGUCGUGGAGAUGCAUCCGACGCUCGAGCAUCUGGGCGACAUUGGGCAUCCACUAUUGCUUAAGUUUAUGUCUACCACCUUGGGCUUUCGGUAUCUAUAUGCGGCAGAUUACAUCGACCGGGAGAUGGAUGCCUGGUUUCAUGAGCGCAACCUUCACUACGUCGUGCAUAUUGAGGUCUUCCUUGCCAAGGCGUUCGGCUUCGCCCCGUCGGACACAGAAGAUACCAACAUGGCCGAAUCGGUCAUUCCCCCUCAUUUUUACGGCGUGAUGGCAAAGACUGAGCUCGGAUGCCAAGUCUUGCAGGAAAAGGGCCACUUCUCCGAGUUUGCGCAGAUUAUACGGCGACAUGGCCUAGAGAGCGAAGAUCAAGACCUGAUACUAAAGCUCAAGAGCAUACUUUGGGCAGUGGGAAACAUUGGCUCAACAGAACGAGGGCUACCAUUCCUGGAGGAAGAGGAGAUCAUCCCUACGAUCUUGGAGAUUGCGGAGCAGUCUCUGGUGCUGUCUGUACGAGGGACGUCUUCCUUCGUUCUGGGGCUCAUAUCGUCAACCCCACAAGGAGCAGAGGUGUUAGACGACUAUCAUUGGGAGGCGGCGCUUUCACCACUUGGACUGCCUACCGGAAUGUGCGUGCCGGCGAACGUCGAGCGGCUAAUCUCAAUACCUUCGUGGGAGCCAAUAGACGUGCUGGCAGAGGACCAACCACGUCUCCAGGCACCAGCAACAGAGGAAGAGAACGAGGUUCUCACGGCCAUAUACAAUCUGGCGAACACUGUCAUUGCCAACGCAGCAUCGCGAACGCUUGCUCGCAUGAAAUCCCGCUCAAAGUACAAGCACAUCUUCGCAUCGACGAGUAUGCUCUACCGCGCACUUCAAACCAUUUCCUCACAGCGCUACCGACUCCCGGUGCGGAGAUACAUCAUAGACCUCUUCAGCAUCGAGCUCGACGACGCUGUCGUGAAGCGGCUCUCAGAACAUGCGGUCAAGCUGCGCAUUAAGUCGACGUCGGGCGGUGCAACCACGCGGACCUCACGCGCCGUGAGCAUCAUCGGGCGGCCGGUGCGGCACCGCCAGAUGAGCGACAGCGACGAUAAUUCGAUGUCGGAGGAUGAGGAGCCGCCCGACGUGAAGCAGUAUCCGAUCGUCAAGGCACGCCCAAAGAGCCAGAUCGUCGGUUUUGACAAGGCAAACGAGUCGUAG